AUGAAGACAUUCAGUGGCAACUACACCUUGCCCCCAGAUGGAGUGAAUUUUGUCUCCAGUCCCAACGUAAGGGGCACCUUGGAUAUCCUCUGGAGUUGCCUGAGCGUUCUUCUGAUCUGCACUUGGUCUAUCAUCCAUCCAGCGGUUCCAUUCCAGACAAGUCCUCAACGCAAAAUACAAAAAUUAAACCGCGGUGCUGUUCGACUGUUCUGGAAGUUGUCUUGGAUGCUCCUCAACUUGCUCGCACCUGAAUGGUCUCUUGCCAAAGCCUGGGCCGACUACCAAUCGGUUUCGUCGCUGGAAGACGGCUUUAAGAAAUUUCAAGAGCAAGAUGGUGUCCCUUGGAGUCGCGCCCACAUUCAUCUAGCCAACAUGGGCGGCUUCGCCGUUCGAUUCUCUUCGUCCUCUGCGCCAGCGCCCAGCGCCGUCAAGUAUCCCAGUGUUUCGGCUGUGAAAAGCAGGACAGAUGAUCCUUCAAAUGUCUGUCAAGUUACCUCGACUCGGACUUCAUUCGUGGCCACUGGGGAAGACUCUAGUGCUGCUGAUGAAACGCCUCUAUCUGGGAGUUACAUUAAUACGACACAACUAAAUCGUUCGAAUUCGGCGCCGGUAUCCAGCUCAGGCCGAACACUAAGCUCCAUCAAUAACAAUCUCAUCAAAGUCCAGUCAAACCCUAAUGCCGUCUCGGCAUUUGAAGGAGAGAAAUCCGUCACCGUGGGUCCAACUCAGAAAAUUAACGGACACGAUACCUUACCACAAGACGUAAAAGAAAAGCUGCACAUAUUGGAUCGCCUUUUUAGGAACUUCGAUAUUGACAAACGGGCUCGGGACCGCUCUUACUACCAUGGGCUGCUCCCGUGGAUGACGGACAAGCAGAACCACGACACUUUCCGUGAAGCAUUAGAGAUGGUGGAUAUGGGCUACUUUCCUAACUCUUGGGAGAAAGCUAGAUUUCGCAACACCGCGGGUGUUUGGUUUGGCAACCUUUUUGCCCUCCAAGGAAAUCUUUGGGUUUUGGACGCCAAGCAACUGCUCCUCGCGCGCGAGCUCGGAAUCAUCGAGCAGCUUCCUUGCAUGUCUGAUGACGAACUCGCAGAUCGGAACAAGGCCGAUCAACUGGUGAAGAUUUUUUCAGUCCUCCAGAUUAUUUGGUUCCUGAUUCAGACUAUUACGCGACUCGUUCGACAUGUUGCAACUAGCCAGCUUGAGAUCUUGACGCUCUCCUUCGCAGUUUCAACUGUAUUCACAUACUUUCUUCUGUUGGAGAAACCAAAGGAUGUCCAUACAUCUGUUGUUCUCUCUGCAUCCCGAUACGCAACAAAGCAGGAGCUCAGUCGGGUGGCCGUCGCAGGUCCUGGUUGCUAUUUAUAUCCUAGAUCCGAUCUCUGGAUUCCAAGCAAUUCCCUGCAUGCCAUUGAGACAUCACAAAAAGCUGAUAACUCCAUAUUGGCAAAUGGUGCGGCAUUUAGCGUGUUGAUUCUUGGAUUGAUUCACUGCGUGGCUUGGGAUUUCGUCUUUCCCACCGAGAUCGAGAGAGUGCUUUGGCAGGCGAGCUCUAUCAUAACAGCCACUGCGAUCCCAUUAAUGUACCUUCUUUCAAAGACAGCGAGUCUUGUUUUUUUGCACUUGGGCAAGUGGCUUCCCCGUUCUUUCAAUCAACAGUCUAUAUUGGUGACCGUCAUGUCCAAUAGCGUGGGGGGAUUGGUUUUCGUUGUUUUCUUCGCUGCUAGAUUGUUUGCCGCUGUUGAGGCCUUGCGUUCUUUGGCAUUCUUGCCUUCGGGGGCAUUUUCUACGACUUGGCCGGACAGUAUACCUCAUAUUGGUUGA